GAGCCUUUCCCUGAUUACGACGAGUCUUGCGAGGUGUACCCGCCUGUCGACUUCAUCCAGCACGAGCAGGCCUACAACUACGCCAUCUCCAAGGUCGUCGAGGAAGUCAUCCGCUUCAGAGAGGUUGAUCCUUGUAUCGCCAACCCAAGCUUUUCCAGCAGUGAUGACGAAGAGCCUCGCCCUCUGCUUGCGCCAAUCGAAGAAGACGAAGCUGAGGAGCAGAGUACUGUUGAGCAGCAUCGCAGCGACGUCGAUGAGCCGCAGGUCCCCAACGAACCAAGCUCGAGCGCUUCCCCGCCCCCUGGGAUGUACGCUUCCCGCGAAGAGUCCGACAAGAUGCGCGUCGUCGACGACAUGAGACGCCUCCUCUGCAGCCAGUAUCUUGGCGAUGGCCCUAGAGGCGUCUUCCACGACUUCUCCUACUUGAUCAUCCGUAUGGGGGAGAUAUUGUUCCGCAAUAAAGACAGUUCUCCGUUGCAUUUUAUGUCUGCCGGAGCUACCUACGACAUCAAGAUGAUUGCGUCUGUGGUCACGCGCUAUUUGGCCGUCGUUGACGCUCGCUUGGUUGAACUGCUUGAUGUCGGUUCUCGCGUGCACUACAUCCUGGGCGAGGUCUCCAGAGACAUGAGCGUCAACUUCUUCAUUCGUUAUCGUCGCAUGCUCCAUGUAAUCUUAGGCCAGCUCCGCAAAGUCACGCCCAUCGAGAAGGCCCUCCUAACCACCUUCCUCGAUCUAUACGACAACUUCGUCUACACCUCCUUCCUCAACACCCGCAACCGCCAGUUGCUCCUCGAGGACAUCGUCAACAUCGAACGCAACGAAGUCACCCGCAUCCUCGUCGCCCUGUGGGAUAUCCUCUGCCGCGUGAUCGAGGGCUACGACCGCUACUUGAACCUCAUGGAGGGUAUUGGAAUCGAAUACUUGGAUCCUCUCAUCGAGCAGAUCGAGCAG